CGAAUAUUUAGUCAAUUUAUUUAUCUCUGUUCUUAAGUAGCUGACAUGUUGUAUUAUGCGCAUUAGAAGUUUACUAGGCAGUUUAAUUACCGUGUGAGACUUUUCUCUAGCCUAGUUGUGUUAGGCUCUACCCAGUACACGCGGGGUCACAGGAUAAAUGUCAUUUUGUGGAGAAACAAUCGAUAGUAUUGAUCAAGCGCUGGAUCAUUUGUCAUCAGAGGCUCGAGAACUUUAUUUGGACACCACUGUUCCAGUUUUAGAUGAGCCCCCUCUGCCGCUCUCCUUCUAUCGGGAUCACGUAUCUCCGAAUAAACCCGUCCUGAUCAGGAAUGGUCUCCAGCACUGGUCGGCUUUAACGAAAUGGACGCCAGACUAUCUCAGAGAGAAGAUAGGGGAGUGUACAGUUACUGUUGCUGUGACCCCCAAUGGAUACGCUGACGCUAUUACAGAGGGAAAGUUUGUCAUGCCGGAGGAGAGACAGAUGAUGAUGUCUGAAUUCCUGAACAUUAUGGAAAAUCCUGACCAAUACAAGGGAAUCUUUUACAUACAGAAACAGAAUUCAAAUUUCACUGAUGAGUUUAAGGAAAUAAUAGGUGAUGUUGAGCCAGACAUUCCAUGGGGCACAGAAGCAUUUGGAUCACAUCCAGACGCUGUUAACUUUUGGAUGGGAGAUAUGCGCGCUGUAACGUCUAUGCACAAAGAUCACUAUGAAAAUCUGUACUGUGUUGUGCGAGGGUGGAAGAAAUUUAUUUUGAUACCACCCACGGAUGCCGCUUUUGUCCCGUAUGAAACUUACCAAGCAGCGAAAUUUAGAGAAAAGGGCGAGAAUUUUAUCAUAGAAGAUGAUAUGGAAACAUGCAAGGUCCCGUGGAUUGCAGUAAAUCCUCUGAAUCCGGACCUGGAGAAGUACCCAGAGUUUGAAAAGGCCCUUAGGUUGGAGGUGACAGUGAAGGAGGGGGAGAUACUGUUCCUCCCCUCCCUGUGGUAUCAUCAUGUCCAGCAGUCACAUGGCUGUAUAGCAGUGAAUUACUGGUAUGACAUGCAGUACGACAUUAAGUACAACUAUUAUAACUUUCUCCAAAGCAUGAGCAACAUCAACAAAAGAAGCCUUGUAAAUCUGUAAGGUGUACAGGAUGUCAGGAAAAAAGCAGUUCUUAUGGUAGCAGUGACCCCGAGUGUGAAUCUGUGAUGGACACAUACGGAGAUUCCCGCCCAGUCUGUGAUGUCAGGAAUAGUCUGUCAUGUUUAACAAAAAUGAAUACAUGCUAUAUCGUUGUGUCUCUGUUUAUACGUGUACACGCAAAUGUAAUUUGAAAACUGCAUUACAAAAACAGUAAGAGAAUAAAUUGCAAAAAUACAUGCCUUAGCAAAA